AUGUACAUACACAAACAUGUACACACACGCACAGAGACACAUGUACACACACACACAUACACACAUACACACAGACACAUGUACAUACAUACACAGAGACAUGUACAUACAUACACACAGACACAUGUACACACACACAGACGCAAGUAUACACACACAUACAUGUACAUACACGCAGACACAUGUACAGAUACACACAUGUACAUACACACAGACACAUGUACAAUUGUACACACACACGCCACCACCCCCACCACCCCAUAAAAAGGUGCAGUACUUUGUUGUUCACUCACAGGGCCAGGUACUGCACUCUAGGGGGAGGCAGAGAGCACAGCACACACUCCUUGCUUUGCUUUCACUGCGCUCAGUUUUUGAGCAGUCUGACGGCUCCUAGUGCCAAUGACAGAUCCGGCCUUAGCUCCGAGCCUGCUCAGCAAGAUGGCCCUGGGGGACACACUCGCCCCCCACCAUAAUUUCCACUCACCAUUGGCGAGCAGGCGCGUGGAAAUUUCAAGCCCUGGUCUA